CAUGUUGGGUGUUGUUGGAGGUUUCCUGACCCCUCGGAGCGGGCAGCAGCGGGGAGGAUGAAGGAGGCGAUCGGGUUGAAGAGAGCGUAAGAAAGAUCGUGAGCAGUCAUGGUUAUCAGACAUGUUACCAGGAGAACAUUCAUCUGUGGAUGGGAGAGAGAAACAGGACAACCAGACAAAAGGCAAUGCGCCUUUAAAAUCAGCCCAGGAAAUCCUUUGUACGUCUGACCCUGUGAACAGAGGAAAUACCAUCCCUGCUGACCUCAUCAGCACCCAGCCUCUGCCUGCUGCAGCUCCACCAGCAGCCGAGGCCUCUCAGGAGGCAGCAGUGUUUAAGAAGCCUCGGGGUCACCCCCACAAGCCCGCCUGCCCGCGAUGUGGCCUCGCAGUUCCAGACCACCGGAUCUCUCCUCUCUCCCCGAGCCUGAGCCGACUGCAGGCCUCCAAACUGUCGGUGCACAGCGGCAGCAGCAGGAGGAGCGGCAGCAGUUCGACACGAUCACACCGGACGGCUGCUACGCCUGCUGACUCGUGCUUUCACCUGCUGCUGGCGUGUCUGUCGUGUCAGGGCUCCGUGCUGCUCCUGGGUCUGCUGGAGGCCUGCUCCUGCUGCCUCUACGCCCUCUGCUCGUCCUGCUGCGACGCCUGCGCUCGCUGCUGUUCAGCCGUCCAGGAGGCGCCGGUGGAGGAGCUCAACUGCCACGCGCACUGCCACUCGGUUUUGUUCGAGUCCUGCUGCGAGCCGACCGAGUGUCUCGAGUUUUGUCUGGAGUGCUGCGAGAUCUGCCAUCGCAGCUAGGACAUACACAAGACUCUUGAUGAACACACAUAUAGAAUUACUUCAAUGAUGUUGCUUGUGGGCUGCAAGGUGGAUCGGUGGUUAGCAUUGUUGCCUCGCAGCAAGAAGGUCGCCAGUUCGC